AUGAAGUUUUCUUCUACCUUGGCAAUCACCUUUUUCGUCCUAAACUUGUUGGAUCGUUCGACCGCUACUGUCCCUCAUAGGGAUGAGUCGAGGGAUAUCGAUUAUUCGGAGUACCAGCAUUCAUCCUUGCUUCGCGGUCGUGCCGCGCCAUCCGACAGGGACGUGUUGUCGCGACGCGGUGGCGCUGCGGGACCUCAAACCAAAGCACCGACGCCCCCACCUCCUGUAACCAAUCGACCCACACUUGCGCCUGUCCCCAAGCCCACGCCUCUUCCUACCAUUGCCUCGGGAGAAACUGGCGACAGUCGUUUUGCCACAGCUUGCACGGGAGGAUCUCAGUUUUGGGAUGCCGAACGUUUCCCCAUGUGGGCGAACAAGAUCAAGUGCGAGAGAACUCAGGAUUGCAGAGGAACCCUCACAAGCCAAUGCUGCAUGACAAACUUUUGCUUCUGUGGCUACCCUAUUCCGGGAAGGGAAGCUGAGGACUGCGUCCCUUUCUAG